GAUGCUAAAUGGAAGAGCCGAAAUUAAUGACUGGUUCACGAACAACACUAUGGCUUUUUGAUUUCUAAGUAUGUAAACAAUUUAAUAGCUGCAGCAAUGCAUCUCGGUUUGUUAAUGGUUUUUAGGUUAUAGGAAGUCCCAAAAUCAUGGAAGAAUUUAAGUUAGUGUGCAAUAUAUUGGAUCAAGCAUCCACAGGGCUUUCAAAGCAGUCCAGAUCGAUAUUAGUAUACACAACCGAUGUGGAAAUUUUAAAACUGCCUUUGCUCAUUAACGAGCAAAUCAACAAACUGGAUUCCGCCUUAACCAAUAAAUUUACUGCCCGUUUAUUAUACAAAAAACUAAAUGGCGAUAUUCUCUGGUUAUGCGAAGAACUGGAAGACGCAACGAAAUCGCAAGCAUCGGACCGAUCCGUAUUCAUCGAACUGUGCCGCUCAGUUAAUCCCUUGGCACUCCUCAUGGCGACUUAUGAAGAUGUCAUGGACUGUCUCGCACGCGUAAUUAACAGUUGCGAAUACCCUCUGUUUGAGCAGUGGUGCGAUUAUAUUCUCCUCCAACCGCUGAACGUUUUUAUCUGUAUGUAUGCUUGCGACAUUCUUGGAGAACCAUCAGAUGCUCCUGCCUUUGACCAGAGAAAAUUAGGAAUCGCAGCUGACCAAAUCUUGGAAAUAGCCGACGCUUUAGCUUUGGCAAAGAUCCAGUCACGAGCGAAGAUUUUCGAACCACAACCAACCGACACAGGCGACACGGAAUCCGAGCUGCAGAAAUACGUGAUGGAUUUUAUGAAAGAUAUCGAACGGGGACCGGGCAUUGGCAACGAGUUUUACGCACAUACAUUAACAUCAAAGCUGAAGAAACAGUAUCCGUGGUUCGUCUGGGCGGUGGUCAUUACGGAUGACGGUCCACCAAACCACACCAGCGUGACGCAUUCGGAGAGUUUCGCGGAGGACCUGUUUUUCCAGAGGUCAAUGGCAUCAAACGAUUUCCCCAGCUCGGAAGUGGUCUGUAGCGGAAAACUCUUUGGCGUGAUGGUCGUAAAGGGAAAAUCACGAUUACGUUCAAAUGGGAGAACGGUGACGGUUUUCUGGAUUCGCGAGGAGGAAAUUGCUUAUUUGGAUCGCAGGUUAUAUGAAACUCUUCAAGGAACUGAUAUUCCACAGCUCAUCGCAGAAACCGGAUUGGAGAAUUUGGAACAGUCGUCUUUUAAGGACUUACUGCAGUCACAUGGGUUUCAGAGUGUCGUUACCCUGACUGCGUAUCCACAACGGUCACACGGGAAAUUUGGUUAUUGUUGCCGGUUCGAUCAGGAUCUGAACGCAACAUGGCCGGUGGUGAUCCAGAAUACGUCGGGUCAUUUAAUACUGUGGCCCAUCGGCGUGGAUGUUUUGUCAGAGAAUGCGGACAGUGACGUUCCGAUGGUGAGCCGAUUUAAGCGAAUGUCCAGUGAAAGCUCGACCGGCACGCGUCGAAAGCAGGAAUUGUCUGGAAUGAGAAAGGCGCUAACAGAAGACAACUUGUGUGUAAAUUCCGGUUUGCAGCGUACCGACAGCACUGACCUGAACGCUAAGCAACGCCCUUUUUCGCUACCUGAGCAGAGGAGUACGGCGGUAGCAUCAAAGGAGCCUUCGAUUCCAGUUGUAGAGAAUUCGAUGGCCGAAGUACCUUCACCGUUAGUCCAUAACAAUUCUGUUGCAAUAAAUGAGAAUAAAGCCGUUCACGAAGCAGUCAAUCCUAGAUCUUUUUCCACGCCCCAUUUUUCAGACGAAAAGGGUCAGAAGCCAUCGUUACCGCCGUCUUCGCCGGUUGCAUCGAAAAUCGUUAUCCACUCAACAAUCAUUGACAGCCGGCACAUAAUCGAAUUUGCCGAAAAGGAGGAUGUUUUAGGAGAGGUAAGACGUAGACAUGCAUCCAAGAGAUUCGAGGAGAGCGCUGCAUCUUUUCACCCGACAAGUACUCCAGCUUUAAAAAAAUCGCUAUCGGCAGCGCCAUCACAGCGGCACAGCUUGCGUCGGCUGAUUUUUCAGAAAAUGGGUCGCGAAAAUAUCGACAACUCACUGCAAAGAGCGUUGCGAGCCAAAGAAAAAGGAAAUGCCUGUUUUAUGCAAGGAAAUUUGGAUAAUGCAGUGGAGCAAUACGAGAAGAUGCAGAAGUUACUGAAGUACUACACGGGUAUCGAAGAACAAGCGGAAGUGCAGCGCCGGCAGUUGCUCGCUGCAUCCCACGUGAAUCUGGCUGCGGUUCAUCUGGAACGGUAUGACUUAGCCGCAGCUAAGCAGUCGGCUACCAAGGCACUUGGUAUCGAUCCGGAUAAUGUCACAGCCUUGUUUAAAAGAGGCGCGGCGUGCCUUGGACUGACCCUGUAUCGUGAGGCGGAGCAGGAUUUUCUACAAAUCCUACGCUUGUCACCGCAAGAACCCGAUGUUUUGUUGUUGCUGGGUCUAGCGCAGAAAGGGAAGAAAGUGAGGCUCAGGGAACGCUUUCAGGAAAUCGGCCGUCGAGUUCUAGAAGCACAGUUGUCAUGAAAAUAUUGUAAAAAUACGGUGAACAUCUGAUAAAAGCUUGAACUUUGCCAAGUGUUGACCAAUUGACCUGUGCAGGGAUGCAGUUAGUAUGAUUCGAAAUACAGACUGUGCAGCGCUGUAUUUGACUCCGUGCCUUGUGCAGACUCGUUUUUGCUAUUCGACCCGAGA